GCCUCGUCAGUGCCGCUCCAAAAGCCGUACGAGAAGGUUGUGUCGCUCGCGUCUCCAACCCCCGCAAGUUAGUCUACCAAGUGAGGACAUCUUUCCCUCUCUCCCUGCAGCCACGCCCACAGCUCCCCACGCCCGCAUAGUGACCCAACGCCCGCAAAACACCACCCGAGUGACCCUAUUAAGUGAAAGUUGAAAAUAAAGUGCUUAGAGUUGUAUUUAAGACCUGUAAGUGGGUAAAAGUGGACGGCGGGUGGUGGUGGUUCCGUGGUGGCGUUGUGUGGACUCGUGGACUUGUGAGGACUUAGUGAGGUGCUCGUGGUGGUGACCUGAAUAAGGCUGAGGACAGCACCAAGGAAAUUGUUUAAACGUCAUGGAUCUUUUUGGUCUCCGCGGGAUAUGACAUGAUAAGAAAUCGUCGGCCCAACACAAUGACAAGCCCGUCCCUCCUGCUGCUUCCCGUGCUGCUCCUCCUCGGCUACACAGGUCGGGCUGUGAGUGGCAGCGGGCCCCCAGGAAUAAGGCGCCCAGAUCUUCCCUUCUUUGACUACGAGGAGUCUAAAAAUGUGACGGCACUUCUGGGAAAGACGGCGAUUCUCAACUGUAGAGUGAAAAACAUCGGGAACAAGACGGUGUCAUGGAUCAGGCACCGGGACACGCAUCUGCUGACAGUGGGCCGCUUCACCUACACGUCAGACGCUCGCUUCUCCGCCCGCCACUCCCAGGGCUCCGAGGACUGGCUGCUCAUGGUGUAUUACUUGCAGGAACGAGAUAAUGGCAUGUAUGUGUGUCAGAUCUCCACCACGCCACCCAUGAGCCACUUCGUCCACCUCUCCGUUGUGGAGCCAGAGACAGUGAUCCACGGGGAGCCAGACGUCUACAUCAACACAGGGAGCCGCCUUGCUCUUACCUGCAGCGUCAAGUUUAGCCCAGAGCCUCCCGCCUUCAUCUUCUGGUACCACGAAGAUAAGCUGGUGAGUUACGACCGAAGCCGCAACGGUGUGGUGGUGACGAUCGAGCGAGGCCCCGUCACCACCUCCCGCCUACUGGUACAGCUGGUGAAGCCGCGUCACUCCGGCCGUUACACCUGCUCCCCCGCCAACUCCAAGCCCCAGAGCGUCACUGUUCACGUAAUUGCAGGUGACCAGCCCGCCGCCAUCUUGCACGAGAAUGGAGGAGCGGAGGCUUCAGGAGGCAGGCUGGCCCAACUCCCUCUCCCUCACAUCCUCCUCCUCCUCCUCCUCUUCCUCCUACAAGCAAAUCUCACUCAAUCUUAAGCCCUCCUCUUCUCUUCCUUUCACGCCUCCUUCCCUCAUCCCUAUCCUUCCUCUUCUGCCUUGCAUCUUUCAUCUUCAUCCUCCUCCUCUUAUCCACUCUUCCCCCUCUUAUCUUCAUUCUCUCUUUCCUUCCUCCCUCCCCAGUCCUAAGUUCCUCUCCCCUACCCCCUCCACCCAUUUACGUGCACAGACAAGGAAGUGCACGUGUACAUGGGGAUGUUAUGAAACGUACACUUGAAAAUACGUACAUGAAAGCCACGGUACACAUGGCCUAUAUUUAUCUGUGUGCGUGUGUGUUGUUUUAUUAUUACCCACACACGCACAUACCCCUGUCGUGUACAUAGUGUGUAUAUGUGAAUCCUGACGUGGUUACUCGUGAUUGGUGGACGAGAACGUGAGAUGACGUGGCAAGCCCUGAUUGGCGGAACUCUUACGUCACAGGAACUUGGUCUCUUGUGAUUGAAGGAAAGGAAUGGUGAAUGAUGAUUGGUUGGCACUUUAACACUUUGGCCAAUCAGUGACAUCAGAAGGUUUUGUUUGUUGAAUGAUGAAGAAUGAAGAAAAGUUGAAUAAAGGUGGAAAGGAAAGACAAUGCAAAAAAAUAAAGAAGCAAUGAUAGGAACUGUGGAAAUAGAAGC